CUGAAGAGGUACCUGACCGUUAACCUGAACGCGCGACGACUCUACAAGCAGCGAAGCAGCAUCCCCACGCUGUGGAAGAAGACAUGGCAGGCCCACCCAGAGAAGAUCGCCUGCUACUACCAGGACGAGACGAUGACGUUCAGAGAGGUCGACGAAUACUCGAACCAGAUAGCCAAUUACUUCCACGAAGCUGGAUAUCGUCAUGGCGACGUCAUCGCCCUGUUCAUGGAAUCCCGGCCAGAAUACAUCUGCAUCUGGUUGGGGUUGGCUAAGAUCGGAGUCAUAACUGCGCUGAUAAACUUCAACCUGAGAGAGGAAUCGCUCUCUCACUGCAUUGCCUCGGCAGACGCGAAGCUCAUCAUCUUCGGUAAAGAGUUGACCGACGCGGUGAGGGCCGUGCGUGACAAGCUGAGGCCCGGCAUCAAGUACCACAGCAGCGGCGGCCUGAGCGAUGAAGCCACUAGCUUCGCGAGCUGCUUGGAUGCUGGGCUUGCCACCACCACCAAGCUUCCUGCUCCCGCAUUCCAGCUGCCUUCUUUCACCGGUAACCGCCGCCGGCGCGACGAGUGUGGAUUAGGAUCAUUCAUACACCUAUUGGGUAUCCACGGUCUGCUCGCGUCGCCGUCCGACGGCCGGCGCGAGCCGGGUGCUAGCGCAGAUGCCACUCAGCCGCGUCCAAGUUCACAACGGUACCUUCUGCGGGCAGCCCGGGGGUCAAAACUAGCUCUCGGCACGCGGACAGAGGUGGAUGGGAGUCAUCGGCAUGCUAGUCCACGGUGUGCUCAGUACAUCGGGGAGAUCUGUCGCUACCUGCUUGCGCAGCCUCCGAAGCCCGUCGAUCGUCUGCAUGGAGUGAAGCUGGUGUUCGGCAACGGCCUGCGUCCGCAGAUCUGGCACGAGUUCAUGGAUCGCUUCGGGAUCCAGCGCGUCGGCGAGUUCUACGGAGCGACCGAGGGCAGCACUAACAUAGUGAACUCGGAGGGAGUGGUGGGAGCCGUGGGUUUCACGUCGGUGAUUGUACCGUGGGCGUACCCAAUCACGCUCGUGCGCGUCAAGCCCGGCACGGACGAACCACAGCGCGACAGAGACGGCAUGUGUGUGAGGAGCCAGCCUGGAGAGCCGGGCGUGCUGGUGGGGAAGAUCAGUCGCAGCGACCCCCUGCGCGCUUACGACGGGUACGUCAGCAAGGCGGCCAGCGAGAAGAAGGUCAUAGAGAACGUGUUCUCAAAGGGAGACGUCGCUUUCCACUCGGGUAACGAGGGAAAGGCCGGCAUGGCGGGCAUCGUCGACGCGGACGGCACGCUGGACCUGACUAGGUUUGCAUCGGACGUGAAGCUGAAGUUGCCGGCAUACGCGCGGCCACUGUUCCUGCGCAUCAUGAGAGAGGCCGAGCAGACGGGAACGUAUAAGUUCAUGAAAUUGGACCUAGUCAAGGUUGGUUUUGAUCCGAAGAAGACCGAGGACAAGCUCUUUUACCUGGAGGGAAAAUCGGGACUAUACAAACCGCUAAACGAGAAAGAAUUCGAUGGUAUAACCAAAGGCGCCAUCAGAAUCUAAGAACGUUCGCAAACUGCCACGCCAGGUACGAAACACACGCAACGAAAUAGGGCAGUGUCACGCCAGGUACGAAAUGCGCGCAAAGAAACGGGGCAUAGUGUAGAAGGUAUGAGAAUGUUCGUAAGAGAACUGCAGAGAGACUAUGUAAGGGAACUCUAACGUAGCUUUCAACAUGUUCCACAAUUAAAAAAGAGCUUUCUCCAUCUUUGCGAUAUAGAUUGGGGGAAUAUAUAUAUAUAUAUAUAGCCAACGCCAUUGACAUGUUACAGAUGUCUGUUAUGGAAGUCAAUGCAACUAAAGUUGCAGAUUCAGAUGGUUUACAAGGAGUGAGCAAGACGGCAGGUUUUUAUAAUCCUACGUACGAUUUGUUUUUAAGCGAAAUAAAAUUGUGAUUUUUAAGAUUGGGGGGGGGGCUUUAUUUUAAGUGGUGACAAUUUGACGAUACGUUUAGUCCUGU